GCUGAGCCCCAUCCGUCCUUCGUCACCCACUCCGGACACAGAACAUCCAGUCAUGGAUAAAAAAUGAGCCGGUGUAGAAGGCCAAACUGGCCGAGCAGGCUGAGCGAUAUGACGACAUGGCAGCCUGCAUGAAGUCUGUAACUGAGCAAGGAGCUGAAUUAUCCAAUGAGGAGAGGAAUCUUCUCUCAGUUGCUUAUAAAAAUGUUGUAGGAGCCCGUAGGUCAUCUUGGAGGGUCGUCUCAAGUAUUGAGCAAAAGACAGAAGGUGCUGAGAAAAAACAGCAGAUGGCUCGAGAAUACAGAGAGAAAAUUGAGACUGAGCUAAGAGAUAUCUGCAAUGAUGUGCUGUCUCUUUUGGAAAAGUUCUUGAUCCCCGAUGCUUCCCAAGCAGAGAGCAAAGUCUUCUAUUUGAAAACGAAAGGAGGCUACUACCGCUAUUUGGCUGAGGUUGCUGCUGAUGACAAGAAAGGGAUUGUGGAUCAAUCACGGCAAGCAUACCAAGAAGCUUUUGAAAUCAGCAAAAAGGAAAUGCAGCCAACACAUCCUAUCAGAUUGGGUCUGGCCCUUAACUUCUCUGUGUUCUAUUAUGAGAUUCUGAACUCCCCUGAGAAAGCCUGCUCUCUUGCACAAGCAGCAUUUGAUGAAGCCAUUGCUGAACUUGAUACAUUAAGUGAAGAGUCAUACAAAGACAGCACACUAAUAAUAAUGCAGUUACCGAGACACAACUUGAUAUUGUGGACAUCGGAUACCCAAGGAGACGAAGCUGAAGAAGGAGAAGGAGGGGAAAAUUAAAAGGCCUUCCAACUUUUGUCUGCCUCAUUCUAAAAUUUACACAGUAGACCAUUUGUCACCCAUGCUGUCCCACAAAUAGUUUUUUGUUUAUGAUUUAUGACAGGUUUAUGUUACUUCUAUUUGAAUUUCUCUAUUUCCCAUGUGGUUUUUAUGUUUAAUAUUAGGGGAGUAGAGCCAGUUAACAUUUAGGGAGUUAGCUGUUUUCAUCUUGAGGCGGCCAAUAUGGGGAUGUGGAAUUUUUAUACAAGUUAUAAAUGUUUGGCAUAGUACUUUUGGUACAUUGUGGCUUCACAAGGGCCAGUGUUAAAACUGCUUCCAUGUCUAAGCAAAGAAAACUACCUCGUAUUGCUUUGUCCUGGUGGGGAAUAAAAGGGAUGAUUGGUUCCAGUCACAGGUGUAGCUGUGGGUACUU